UUGGGAAGAUCGAUUGAUUGGGUUGUAUGUAAUCAUGAAAAAUUGACAGUGCGACGGGGGCCCUCAAUUUUGUGGGACGUGCCAUCGAAACGCGCAAUAGAGAGGGAGGAGAACCUUGAAUAGCAAAUGAGUGGAAAAAAGACUUAUUUAAUAUUUAAUAAUGUCUCUCUCUCCAGCACACACUUUUCCACACAUCUGCAUAUCAAUGAUUCAUUGGGCUUCGGGCCAGUCGAAAAGCCCCACUGGGAUCCUUGAAAUUAUUCCCAAAAUCUCAGCGACAGUCUCUCGGUUUGUUGUCAUUUCAACACAAUAUUUUUCCCCAUAAAUCAACUUUGCAGGUCAUUCUCGUGCUCGAAGCUCAGUCGAGAGUGCCUUCGUGAGACCAGCGGGCGGACUUUUCACGGGGCUUUUCAUCUGACGGUGGGCGGAAAGGCAGUGAGAGUUUGGGUCAAAUGAGAUAUGAUAGUGACACAUCUUUGUUACGUAUUUCUACACAAGUGAGAAAAGAGAGGCAUCAGAUGAGAAUUCUAGUUGAACAUCUGGCGUUGAAUAAUUAGCAUCGAAGGGAAGAAGAGACGAGACGGAGAAAAUUUCAGCACUAUUUUGGACUUUCGUGUGAUCAUCAAUUUAAAAUGCUGCUCAGCGAUUUUGGCAAAUUCGUAAAAUAUCCACGAGCUGUGUUUCGCUUUGUCUUCAUCAUUGCCAACAAUAUCUACUGCAUUCCCACGUAUCUUGUGUGGAUGACACUGCUGAUGCCGCUGCGACGGUGCCAUCCGAGGCUCUACUACCGAAUCGAGGGGAUCCUCUUUCACUGGCUCUUGGCCAUCGUAUCAAUGUGGUCAUACACAGCGGGCUAUGACAUCAUCGAAUUGGGUGACAGUAUUGAACCGUGCAGAAAUAAGAAGACCCUCGUGUUGGCAAAUCAUCAGAGCACGGCAGAUGUGCCUCUCAUGAUGGCAGCUUUCAAUGCAAAGGCACAGGUUCUGCCCAACAUAAUGUGGAUCAUGGAUCGCCUUUUCAAGUAUACGAAUUUUGGCAUUGUUAGCUUAAUUCAUCAGGAUUUCUUCAUUGCGUCCGGCAAGGCAAAUCGAGAUAAAUCUGUGGAUUUGCUGAAGCAGCAUUUGAUUGAGUCAUACAUUCCACGGGACCGCAAGUGGAUGGUCCUCUUCCCCGAAGGGGGAUUUCUCAGGAAGCGCAGAGAAGUUAGUCAGCGUUUUGCUCAGCAGAAUAAUUUGCCUAUUCUGAAGAACGUUACACUGCCUCGCGUUGGAGCCCUCAGAGCCAUAAUGGAUGUGUUUGAUAGUCACGAGGAGAGUAAGUGUGGCAACAACAACAGUGGAACGAAAACAUAUGUCAAUGGUGAUAUUACAAAUAGCAGCGAAAAGAAUAAUCGAGAUACCUUACGCAACAGCACACCUUCAGCGAGCGAUUGCAAGAAAUAUUUGGAGUAUGUACUGGAUAUUACGAUAGCAUAUCCAGAUGGUAAUCCACUUGAUCUCCCAAAUAUCAUCCAUGGAAUGCGCGAUGGAUGUCAAACGUAUUUCUUCUACAGAUUGUACCACUAUUCAGAGAUUCCAAAAGAGAAUGAAUCUCUAACAAAGUGGCUGUAUGAUCGUUUUGUUGAGAAAGAAGCACUGCUCGAAAAUUUUUACAAGACAAAAAGCUUUACUGGAGUUGCCUCAAUGUUUGGUCCGGCUGUUGUGCACCAAGAUAUGAUUAGAUUCGUAAUAAUUAACUUAUUUUUCAUAACAUCAACAUACUUUCACCUACAGAUGUUCUAUACAUUUAUCGAUUACUAUCGAUUCUACGCUCAAAAUGCUAUUUAAGCGAGCAACACAC